GUUGAAAAACCAUCAGUGGAAGAAAAUUUUCAUGGCAGCAGUGUCGGUGAAGCAGAGAUGUCAAGUGCUGUCUAGUUUUUCGCAAACUUCCGAUGGAAAUGUAAAAUUUAUAACCGGAGACGCUACGGUUUCGCUAGAUGAUGAUGUAAUAUGUUGACCAGCAGUGGAUUUAAAGUGGAAGAAGUGACAACGGGGCCCAAAAUUCGACGGGAAUGAUUCGGCUGUGCCAAGUGUUUUCCUGAAGGACCAGCGUUUUCAAUCGCCUGGACUGUUCCCCCUUGCGGAGUACCCAAAGGGUUUGAAUUAGCGUGAAUGCGACAAAAAUCAAUUUUUGGAAAGCAUCAGCGAAGAAGGUCGAUAAAAAUGGGUGUGUGUGGGUUGAUUCGGAAAGAAUUUCGCAGUGAUGAGUGAUGUUGAUUAUUUUGAUUGGUUUCUGAAAGCAACAAAAUUGCAAUUAGGAAGGAAAAGUUGAAGUCAUAGAUAUUUACUAUACAGUUGCAUUUAUUACUGCCGAAGCAAUUCGAGACUUGUUCACAAAGAGUAUGGAAGAGAACUGAUGAAAGAUAAACCAAAGUGCAUUCGAAUAUGCUUAUUAUCUGCAUCGGUUUGUCUAUCUAAAAAAAUAAUUAUGAUGAUAAGCUUGAGAGCGAGUUGUGCAAAAUAUUGGUGAAAAUAUGCAUUUAUGUUCAUUAUCCCACGUCGCAGUUGGAAAAAAAACCAGAAGGCCAAUCGAUCACUUCUCUUGUUGGAAGAUGAUUACUUCGGAAAUCGUGAUACAGUGUGUGAAUGAUGAAGAUUAGUACCAUCAUUAUAACUUGAAAAACUCCCACGCGUAGCUGCGCCUCUCACGAACGCGAACCACAUUCAUCUUCACUACUGCUUUUGGCAGCAGAAAUACCAAAAAAGGACUUUAUGCACGGUAGCGGAAAGCUGCAUCCGUUGAAAUAUGACGUAAAAUACUUCAUAAAACCAGCACUUCUAGUUUUGAGAAGACCACAACCGAUACGAGGACCGCCGCUUAAGUGGAGAAGUUUUCGGGAGCUCCCAAUUUUGGAGUCAAAGUGCGUACGGAAUAACCCAUUAGCCAGCCGCCCCUUGACCGACGCUACCCAAGCCAGUUGUUGUGUCGUACAUGAACCGAUAAGUUGGAGAGCAACAAGCAUCUUCUGUCGUCGCCAGUUCAGCCAGUUCAGCCCUUUACUGGUUGGCACUGUGUUGUUAUUUAUUUCUCGUGGAUGAUGCGCAAACGAAUUAAGUAACGACGGCUCGCGACCACAAGUGUGUGUUUGUGUGUGUGUGACGGAUAUUGUGUUGCUAGACUUGUACCGCCAGCGUAGAAAGGCCUCCGGGGAUAGGAACAACAUUAGUGGAAGCAAACCGCAUAUGAGAAAUGAUUGCUACCGAUAUGACUAAGCGGGCAAAUGUGCUCGUUUAAAUGGAUCGAGUUUGGAGAAUCAAUUAGGAAACCAAAUAAAUAAUCGCUACUUCGAGGCGUCGUUGGGGAGCAAAGUACAACCGCAGCAAUAUGUCUUCAUCGGCCAAUGGUGAAAUAGCCAACGGUGGUAGAAUGAAUACUGAUGACAUGUACGCAAAUUUGCCGUGCCAUGAGCGAAUGCGGAACGGUGCCGGUGGCGUCGAUAGCGACGAGGGUAGUGGUCUAACGCCAAAUGUAGCUUCCACUGCGGACAAUGGGUGCGCCUCGGGGGGAUUUACCGUCGAUCAGCAGCCAGCUGUGGAAAAUAACAAUAAAAUCCAAAACAAUUUGGCCAUGAACAGUAGGGAUAGUUUAUAUGCGACACCGCUGAAAAGGUCCGAACGGCCUAAACUGCUGCAGCAGGGGGCAACCCCCAAGGGACGUCCGCCAAUCGCAACACCAGUGACGCGUGCCAUCGGUCAUGCCAAUAUGGAUGAUCAUUUGAACAAUAGCAAUGGAAGUGGAUCGUCGCUGACGACAGCGGAUCGUGACGUGAAAAUCAUCAAUGCAGAGUUGGAAGACCGACGCAUACGAGAUUUCCUGAAAGACACCACUCAAAUGCAUAAAAAAAUCGAACUAAACAAGGAGUAUCAAACAUCGAAUUUUUCCUACUUGGCAAGGAAGGAACAUUUCGUAAAUUUGGUGCAUCAAAAUGUGCUGAACGAUUCACUGCACGGUGGCGGCAGUGCUACUGCUGCUGCUGCUCAGUCCGACAGUCUCGAUCAAUCGCUGCUGCUGGGCUAUAAGACUUUAGCUAAUGAAGAAGAAGGUAAGAACUUAGAUUUAGAUGUCAAUGAAUCAUUGGACGAGCUGGAAGUGAAAUGCAACGAGAAGUUAGAAAUGCUCACUAAUCUGCACCGGAACCGAUCGACCGAAAGAAGUCAAGAGGACAACGAACAGUUGGACAUGGAUCAACCGCCACCGACAUUGGUUCCGCCGCCUGACAAAAAAUUAUCCCUAAAUAGUCAACCCGUCAAUGGUAAAACAUCGAAUCAAAAUAACAUCGGUGGAAACGCAAGAAUGCAAGACGCAGCAAUAAGCGCCUAUCUGAAUCGAGAAUGGGUUUUGAAAAAGAUUGCCAUGUGCCUGGAACAGCGAGCUUCUAAGAAACCAAUUCCAGUCCCACCGGGUGCGGACCCGGCAGAUCGUGUGCCAUCCUCAACGUCUGGUUUCUUUCCUCGAGCCACCUCUACCCAUCAAGCAGCACCCAAUAGAGCCGUAGAUUUGCCGUCGUUGGGCUAUCUGGUCCUAGGAUCGAAUGGUUCUGGGAAAACUUCUAUUUGUAAUGACAUCAUCGAAGGCAGUGCCGGCACCAAAGGUAUGCUUAACAGAAGACUGCUGGCGUGUUACUUCGUAAAUUCGCAAAAUCCAGAGUGUCACAGUCUCAGUAUGUUUAUUCGAAGUAUUAUUCUUCAAAUUCUAAGUCACUCGAGUUUCGGUUGUAGUACGGCACCACCGGUUGGUACUACGCCUAACAUCACAGCCAACUCAAACGAUCUCACCAAUAAUGAACCGAAAGAACCAUCGGUCAUUGGAAGUAACGAUGCUCUGCCGGAGGCUGAUCAGCAGCAAUUUGCUGCCGACAGAAGUCCAAGUAAAGAAGCUGAAGAAAAAGUUGCCGGCUACGAUAAGGAACUGGAAGACGUGAUUCUUUCGGAAAUAAAACUAAACGAACGAGUAGCGGAGUUUUGCUCCAAAAAGAAAGUGUGCCGUCAGCAAUCGGAACCAGUGGAAAGUUUGAGUCGCGAUAAAGAGUUGUCCAACUAUCCGUACACCACACAUCCGCCGCUGUUGAAGAACGUGUCGGGAAAGGAAAGUUCCGAGAAUAGAAACAACAACAUUCUAAGUCCCGGUAAGGCAAAAGCUUCGAAAAUUCCGGUUGCUAUUGGAAGCAGUAUUCGGUCGCCAACGAAGGUAGUCCUUCCGAAGGAAAGUCCCAAAUCGGAAAACGGAGAGGAGGAGGAACUGUUAGAUGGUGCCGGUGACUGCAUCGCAGAUAUUUCCGAUAUUAAACUAGAUGACGAAAUAGCACGGGAAAUCAGCGAAGACGUUACAGUGGAAAUAAAAGAAACGGAAGAAAUCGUUGAACAAACGGUAGAAAAUAUCAAAACAGAACCUUCGAAGCCGACGACAGAACCUAAACCAGUCAUCGAACCACCGGCAGUAGACGGAAACAUUCCUCCGCCGUUGCCGAAAUCGAAAAAUUGUCGACAAAUCAUAGCCGAUGGGUAUUACGAGAUGUUGCUUAGUAAUCCGGACAUUUUCGAGUCGAUCACCGUUGACAGUAUCGAGAAAAAUCCCGAUGACUGUUUCAAAAAAGCAAUAUUGUUUCCGCUGUUGGAACUGAAUCCACCGAAGAAUGCCCUAUUGCUGUUAAUCGACUCGAUCGAUGAAAACUACAUCCAGGACGGCAAUUUGAUCUCGACGUUGAAGGGAAAGCAAAUCACCAAGAGUCGAAACAUUGCCGAGCUGCUGUCGAAUCACAUUCACUUGAUGCCGAAAUGGUUGUUCAUGGUUUGUACGGCCAAGAAGCAGAACAAAAACAUUACCAAGCUGUUUACCGGUUUCAAAAAGCUAACGCUAGACGACUUGCGCAAAAGUCAUGUCGUCAAGGACGUGCAGCAGUAUAUCAUCAAUAGACUGAACACCGAUUUCCGUGGUAUUAAUUUGACCAAAGAUAUUAUCGAAAGUCUGAAUCAGCUUUACAUCAAGUCGAACGGUUGUCUGCUGUAUUUGUUUAAAGUGCUGACGGGAAUCAAGGAGAAUUUCUUUACGUUCCGGGAGAUCAAACUGAUUCCGUGCACGUUGAAUGGGCUUUAUCUGUACAUCUGUCAGAAAUCUUUCAACAAAAAACAGUACAACAAAAUACGACCUAUUCUGAAUAUUUUGCUGGUGUGCAACAAUUACGUUGAUAAGUACUUUCUCUACAAUUGCCUGCGCACCCACAACUACACGCUGGACAUGGAGGAAUUCGAAAAACGGCUUGAUCUCAUGCGUAACAUAGUGGAGUACAGUCCCCGUAAUCCGUACGCUCUGAAAAUAUUUCACAAUUCCUUCUGUGACUGGUUGAUAGAUGUGAAAUUUUCGACCAAAAAGUUUCUGUGUGAUCUCAACGAGGGCCAUGUCAUGGUGUCGAUGUACUAUACCAUGGUUGCCGAUCAACUGUGUCCGAAUAAACUACGACUUUAUCUGUAUCAUCUGAUUAAAACUGGCGAGUACCUAACGAACAAAAACAUCAAUCUCGAUUUGCUGCUCAUUCUACUGGAAACGAAAUCAAAUCUCAGCGAUUGUUUCUACACGAACCUACUGAACUGCUGUGCUCUCUGCGAAGACGAGUGCAAAAACGACGUCAACCUGGCCUUGAGAACGCGUGUUAUGCUGGAACGCUAUUUGAAUGCCGAACUGAACGAAGAAUUUAUCGGUUUUCUGAACGAUUUUUUUAAACCGAACCUACCGACCGAUUGCAAGGUUCUGAAGCUGUUAAUCGAAACGGGCAUCAACAAUGCCGAUACGGUCCUGUCGUGCGAAUCGUCUGCCAUCAACUCACCGGUGUUAUCCGAUCGAUCACAGAACAUUGACUCGGAACUGGCGGAGCUGCUGAUAUCGAGUGAGAAAAGUUGUCAGCUGGAGUUACAGAAAUCGAUCAAUUUGGUUGAUAUUCAAUGCGGUGUCGCCGGAUUGGGUCCGACCGUCGGUUGCAAUACCAGUUCGGCUCCCCUAGUGGGAGAUAACUUCGAUGGUCAUGAUGGAGAUCGUUGUGAAAGUGCAAUUGUUGGUGAUGGAAGUGCCAUCGGUGAUUCCAAGUCGGACAUCCAGAAUGACCGGGUGCAGUACGAUAUGUUUGAUUCCGAGCUGCACAAAGGAAAAGCUUUGAUCCACAUACUGGCCAACGAAGGUAACCACACACUAUUGGAGAGGGCGUUAAAUGCCUGCAAGGACCCGAUUGAUUUGGAAAUCGAAGAUCUGAAUGGUCAAACGGCGCUGAAUAUUGCCGCCCGGAAUGGUCACAUCGAUAUCGUGAAGCUACUGUUGCACUACAAACAGCCCCUGAAUGACGGUACCGGGCGUUUCCGGAAAAUCAACGUAAACCACGCGGAUCGUGAUGGGUGGACACCGUUGCGAUCGGCUUCCUGGGGUGGUCACACGGAUGUGGUAAAGCUGUUGAUCGAGAGCGGUGCUUGUGCGAUCGAUCGAGCCGACAAAGAGGGUCGAACUGCACUGCGGGCAGCCGCUUGGAGCGGAAAUGAAGAUAUAGUGAAGAUACUGAUUGAGGCCGGAGCAAAUGUUAACUCGAUUGACAAGCAAGGACGGACAUCGCUAAUAGCGGCCUCGUACAUGGGACAUUAUGACAUCGUGGAGAUUUUGCUGGAAAACGGGGCGGAUGUGAAUCAUACCGAUCUGGACGGAAGAAAUGCUCUGUGCGUGGCUGCUCUCUGCGGUAGUUCCGGUUAUAGUAAGGUAAUAUCUACCUUAUUGGAAUAUGGAGCAAAUACCGAUCAGACGGACAACGAAGGAAUGUCACCGUUGUUGGUAAGUUCGUUCGAGGGAAACUCGGAAAUCUGUGAACUACUGUUAGAAAAUGGAGCAGACCCGGAUAUGGCUGAUCAUAUGGGCAGAACGCCGCUGUGGGCGGCAUGUACUUCUGGACAUGCACACGUCGUCAAACUGCUUUUGUUUUGGGGUUGUGGCAUAGAUUGUAUGGACUCGGAAGGACGCACUGUUCUUAGUGUGGCUGCAGCCCAGGGUAAUCUGGAAACCGUUCGUCAGUUGUUGGACCGUGGAUUGGACGAGACUCAUCGGGAUAAUGCAGGCUGGACCCCACUACAUUACGCUGCAUUUGAAGGUUAUGCUGAUAUUUGUAUCCAACUGCUUGAGUCCGGGGCAAAAAUAGACGAAUGUGAUAAUGAGGGUAAAGCUGCUCUGCAUCUAGCUGCCCAGGAAGGUCACAAUGCAGUUCUAGAAGCUAUCCUGAACGUACAUCGGCCUUGUAUUGACCAACGCGCGCAUGAUGGAAAGACGGCAUUCCGAUUGGCUUGCCUGGAGGGCCACUUCGAAUGCGUUCAGUCGCUCCUCAAGUUUGGGUGCGAUAUCAAUUCAAAGGAUGCCGAUUCGCGUACAACUUUGUACAUUUUGGCACUAGAAAAUAAGCUUAAGGUUGUAAAGUUCCUCUUGGAAUAUUCGCACGCGGACGUAAACAUUCCGGACGGUGAGGGACGUACGGCACUGCAUGUGGCUUCCUGGCAGGGACAUGCCGAAAUGGUGAAACUACUUAUCACAUUGGGUAAUGCCGACGUGAAUGCUAUGGAUCUCGAGUCGCGAACUCCUCUACACUCCUGUGCUUGGCAGGGUAACCAUGAAGUGAUGCAGCUGCUGCUAUACUAUGGCGCCAUUCCGGAUCAUGCUUGCAAGCAAGGGGCGACCGCAUUAGGGAUAUCCGCCCAGGAAGGACACGAAAAGUGUGUAACAUAUUUGCUCAAAUACGGCGCUAAUCCUUUCAAAUCUGAUCAUUGUGGUCGAACACCAAUCAAAUUGGCGGCCAAAUCGAAUCGAAACAACGUACUAAGAAUACUGGAGAACUACACCAAAAACGAUCUGGACGGUGGGAAAAUGGGUCACCAGAACUUGAAUUUGAAAUCCCCCGACGAGCUACCGCCGUCAUCCGCAAUUCACAACCCGUCACCUUCGGGACCGUUUCCGAAUCCGGGCCUGUUGAUGCCGAACAACUCGCUGGGCGGUGCAACGAACUCGACGCAGAAUAGCAACUUUUACGAAAACACAAUGCAAUCCGACAACAGCAGCCUACAGAAACGGAAGAGCGUCAUUUCUAGUCAAUCUACUGGUAGCAGUAACGAGCAGGCGCCAAUGUCUUUCACGCAGCAGCUACAGAAGCACUCGCGUCAUCAUAACUCAAAAUCACACCACAUUGUACAGCAGCAGCAUCAACCGCACAAUCAAGUUACGACCGGUAACGCUAGCAGCACCAGGUACGGUGGUUCCAAAAAGCACGCCCAAAUUCUACCGAACGUCGAGGAGUACCAGGCAAAUAUAGCCUCCAACAUUCGAAUGAAUCCGAACGACGCCGAUCUGUUUGAUUUGGGCUGCAUGUCGCCACUGUACGCAACACCACCGCACUCACCUAGCAGUGACAUAAGUUCACCGGGACAAAAUCAACCGCCGUCGUCGCUGGCCCAGUUGGGUAAGCAGUUUGAGGAAAUGAACAUCAGUCUUUCGAAUAACAGUACCAUCAUGAAUCCCUCUGAUAAUCACUUCGCUCGGGAUACUCACAUGAGAAUUAUUCUGGGAAACAAUCAAAAGGAGCAAUCACAGGGAGGAAAAUCAUCCAAACGCAGUGGCAUUGCAACGAAUCCUGCUAUGCGUCUGAUACGUAACCGGAUCGACUCGGCAGCCCAGCUAAUUCGACGAACGAACAAUAUACUCAGUAGUGGAGGGGGUAGCGGCCAAGGCUCGUCUAGCAUCGGCGUUAAGUCCGGUACGUUUCAGUGGCGAAAGGAGAGUCAAAUGUAAACAGUAGAAGACAAACAAAUACACAGGGAGUAUAACAGAACUACCUACACCGGUCAGAGUAACUGGCGAUUGAACGCCUAUUGCGCGCUAUUGUUUUUAAUUUCUCAAAGUAUUUCUCCUAGACGAUAACUGGGCUACAAUCUACCAGUUUGAAAAAAACAUAUAGGACUGUAAUAGACAAAAAAAAACAUGCUAAACAAUCAAUAAUUGGCUGGUUGCUAAACACGGGAAGCAAAAUCAACAAUUGUAGUGCACCAACGUUUAGAAUCUUAGCCAGAUGCACCAAUCUCGUUAUGAAAAGAAACACUGCUCGUAGCGCGUAAAAAAAAACCGUUAAUGCGUAGUAGAUCUCGAUGAACACUAGUUUUGUUUCGCCGGUUGUGAACGAUAUUUUCAGUUGGGAGGUUUUGUACGUUAAUCCUCGAAUCGAGAUUUGGAACGAUAAUCAGUGCCAAUAAGUUUUCGACGCGAACUAGUCCUACUUCAACCUUGUUUUUUACUUUUUGUCGUGCUCUUCUAUGAGCUACCCAAAACUAAGUCGUUAUCUGCUUUGACUUGAUCGUAAAAAAAUAGGUAGUGAUCAUUGCCAAAGUUGGCAUGACAACACUUUGGGCAAUCUUACAUUUAUUGAGGUUCACUCGUUACCUAAAAAUGCGGAGAUGCACUUUAGUUGAUUUUUGUCAGGUUUCGACCCAAAAUUAUGUAGCGGCUAGUAAGAGUGUAUAUCUUAAGAGAAUUCUUCUAUUUAGCUAGUGUCAGUAUUAAUUUACUUCGCAUCGUGUGCAGAUCGCUGUUUGGUCUCACAAUUUGGCUCUUUUGAGGAUCAUUGAAUCGAUUCCCAAUCACUAUUAUAUACUUCUUCCUCUAAAGUAAGCGAAUCUAUAACACUUCUAAUUAGCGCAAACAUUAUUUUUGUUGUAUUUUGGGCCUCGCGUGCAUCACCAAAAGUGUGAGUGUUGCUAUUUUAUUCGUUUUUUCUCUGAAGUGCCUUUCCUCAAUACUCCGACAAAAACAUAAGUCGAAUUACUGUAAGUUUCGAUUUUUGGUAAAAACCACAAGGAUCAGCCCCAUGGGGUUGUUCGAGCUAUUUAUGUGGAACAAGGCAACCAAAAUUUCUAAUGAUCGAUGGCGCACUUGCACGAAGUCUCCUUCGAUUGAUCUAUUACACGCGGUUUUUUUAUAUGCGUUUGUUACGCGGCUUUUUUUACGAGGAUUUCCGAAGCUAAGGGGUUUUUUAUGCGGAUUCCCGAGUGUCUUGAGAACCAACAUCUAACACGCAAACCCAGACUCUGUUUACUUUGAUUGGUGUUUGUCCUGUAUCCGUAGAAAUUACAUCAAUAGCCCAAAUAUAUGCAAUUAUACCUGCGUGCAUACUAGCGUAACGGAUAAUCGAUAUUUGAGCUUUUCUUCGCCAAGCUUGUAUUCAAGUGUUUUUCAAGCAUGCAGUUAUUUUUAUAGCGUUCUCUACCAUUAUUACCAUUUUGCGAUUUCGGUAAUUAAUCGAGUUCAUCUUAUUUGAACUGGAAAUUAGUCUUAAGCACCUAAAAUUUACCCAGGGAUACUUGCAAAUUUCUCAGGUGAAAAUAAUGACACAAAGCAUUUCAUCCAAACUCGCAUGACACAAUAUCAAAGCAAACCAAUUAAAGCUUCAAAUUGUUUUAUAGCGCUUUGUGUCUUGUUGCUUAGCAGCUACCUUCCUCUGACAUGUUAAUGUUACACGUGAUACUAAAACGUUGGCUAUAAUUUCGCUCAUAUUUAUAGAUUCGCGUGCUUCCCUACAGCGUUGCUUCUGCAUCAAUUGACCAAUAAGAGCGAUGCUGUCCACCUGAUCGCUUACUUCUUCAACUAUCGUCUCCGUGAAAUCCAAAAAUCCAAGUCAGAAUAGUGUCUUAGAUUUUUAGCUGACAAAAUAGGACAAUGCUCGCCAGUAAUCAAAAUUUCAAUCAUUUAUAAUUGAAAAUACGUGGCUUGAUACAUUCAAAACAAAUCUUAGAAAUACUUCCAAUCUAAAGGUGAAAAAUAUGAAUAAUUGAUACAAAAUUGACAGAGCUUGUGAGUGUCCGAAACCUGACCACAUUUCUACGAGUAUUUUUUCUUGAGUUUCUAAAUUGCACCGCUAUAUAGAGAACAAAGAUGAAUCAACUGUAUGAAAGCAUUGGACAUGCUGUCAGAAUGAUAAGAACAAAAGAAAAAAAAUUCACUCAAAAUUGUAGCUCUUAAAGAGUCAACAAAGAAACGAACAAAUUUUGGAUAAUCUUGAAAACUCCACUUUCAACGUCAUUUCUAAUUUCGAACUAUGUUUUUUUUUGUUUGUUUGUAGUUCAUCGUGAUAAAAUAACAAAUCUUUCUCUUUAGAAGAAUCUAAAUUCGAGAUCUGUUAUUUCUUAUAUGUAUUAUCUAAACCCGAAAAUGAUCAGAUUCCACUUCUUCUACACUGCUGCCCAUUUAGUGGGCGGGAAUCAUUUCUCUAAACCUAGAACAAUUUUAUACAGGCCUAUCGUCAACUCGCGUCAUACAGCGAUAAUUCCGACAUUUAAAUUUCUUUUUACUGUACACCUACCUAGUGAACUCGCUGCAGUUGUGGUAUUUGAUAACGAAAAACAAAAAAAAUGUUAGAAAUCAACAGUUAAUAUGUAUUAAAAUACACUACCUAAGAGUAAUAAAAAAACACAGCUCUAAUAAUACAGUAAAAGAUAAGAAAAAGGUGAGCAAUCGGCAGUAAACAGCAGCAAAACAUAAACGCAUGAAAGCAAAAGAAAAAAAACAUUCGAUGGCAAAUUUUCGUAUAUAACUGAGGAAACACUUAGGUAUAUGAUAUACAACACAACCAACAUGUACAAGCAAAAGCAAAAUGAAGCAUUUAAUUUUAGAGAUUGAAUUCCAGUAAUCGGAUAAAACUUGUGUAAGUUAUACCAUAGUAGCGUGUACGAAAGAAUGGAGUUUACCGACUGGGAGAGAAAGUUUUCGUUUUCUUUAUGCGUGUGAAUUAUUUAGGUACCGUUUUUUUCCUCUGUUCGGAAAUGAAAGAACAAAAACUACUCAUACAAGCUUGUGUACCCAAUUCGAUUAGUUUAUCUAACACAUCUAGUCUUUAUUUUAGGCAUAUUUACACAUAAUCAAUAUAUUUUGUACAAAAUUUAAAUAUAAUUUUCGCUUUCCGCGUGUGUGCGAUGUGAUUCAGGACACGUUCCGCAGAGAUACUCUGUGCUGUGUCCGUCAUAACGAAGGAUUCGCUUAGAAUCCAUUAUUUUCGUAAGCAAUUAUUUAUUUCGCAUUUAUUUGUCUUACCCUGAAAAUGGAGCUGCAAACAGUACGGACGAAAUAUAAGCAUUUCGAUACUAAUCAAGUGAGGCGUAUUUAAUAAGUUACGUCUUAUUCCAAUAUUAUGUACGUCAUCGUUCUUUUGUUUGUUUUCUUUGGCACAAUGUACUUUAGGCCAAGAAGAGAAAAGUAGUGAGCGAAAAUAAUGUAGGCAAUAAAAAUCGUACAAUGGAAAAA